CAACACAAUUAUUUAAAUUCUGAAAAAAAGUGCCUACAGGAUUCAACGGGAUUUCACGGGACGAAAAGCGGCAAGUCGCGGGAAAAAACGUGCAUUUUUAAUGGACACAUAUGAAAUAAGGAAACACAUUGUAUUAUCAUGGAAGAUUUAAACGGGCACAAAUCAGAAGACUUAGGAAGCCGAGGAACAAAUCCAACCGACGGGACAGGUGCUAAUUACCGAUCAAGAAGGGAUAAGAUCCGAAUAUUAGGAGUACCGGGAGGCAGCGUGGAUGUGGUUAUGAAACUUAACAUGUCCUGUAGAAUGGGUCACGUGAUUAAAUGUGCCUGUGACGUCAUCACAACAUUGGCGGUGCGGAUCUACUGUGACAUCACAUUUGAACCCCUAUAAAAGGCAGCACACUUGUCGUCCUCACAUCAUACUGUACACAAAGUAUAAGCGAUCAGCAGCAGUUAAGGAAAGAAAUUAAUAAUUUUAAAAUGCAGCAAAAAAAUCGAGCAGCCAUACAUGAGACCUUUUCCCAUGCUAAUGGUAACAUGAACACUGGAGGGUUUUAUUUCACUCCUCAGCCUCUUCAGCACAACCUGCCAUGUCUGGUCAAAAGGCAGAGAAAACCAAUUAGAAUUCAGGACCCUAAUGAUGGAAACCGAGAUAUCACCCUAGAUGAGCUUUGGGGAGGGAGACCUGCGUCGUCUGUGACAGCACUUCCUUCUACAGAUAAAGGUGUUCAGGAUGAAAGCAUGAUGUCUGAGCCUGAACCUCGGUUCGUGUGUGAGUCUAACCCUCAGUUUGUGUGGAAGCCUGAUCCUCAACCCGUGUGGGUGCCUGAACCACUGUUUGUUUGGAAGCCUGAACCUCAGGUUAUGUUUAAACCUGAACUUCGGUUCAUUUGGGAGCCUGAACCUCGACCCUUGUGUGAGCCUGAACCUCAGGUUAUGUGUGAGCCUGAACCUCAGUUUGUGUGGGAGCCUAAACCUCAGCCCAUGUGUGAGCCUGAACCUCAGCCCAUGUGGAAGCCUGAACCUCCUAAAAGAGCUACAUGGGCAGAAAUUGUGAUGGGUAAUAAGCAGACGGAGACGACUCAAGAGCAAAAGAAACAAGACAAACAACAGCUGUCUGCAAACACACAGAAAUCUUCCCUCAGCAAGAACACUAAGAAAGUGGAGCUUUACGUCUGGAACCUCGACUACAGCGUGGACAACAAGCGUUUGUACAACGAGUUCCACUCAUUCGGAACCAUCAUCCACGCCAAGGUGAUGAUGGAGGACGGCCGUUCCAGGGGAUUUGGCUACGUCAUCUUUUCCUCACAAGCCGAAGCAUUGACAGCCAUUAAAGAAAUGAACGGGAAGAUGUUGGGACGUAGGGCAUUGAACGUGUCUCUAUCUAAAUUCAGAGAGAAUGAUAAGCCUUACAGCACUCAGGGAAAACAAAACACAGAGAGUAGCCGACCAACCAAACCCUGGCAGAGUCCUCGCGUCCGCGCAUAGAGUCAUCCCUCCGUGGUUCGCACCUGCCAGGAAGCCAAUGAAUAAACACACAAAUAAACCACACACAGAAACACAAAGGAACAAAGAAGUUAAUCAAUUAAUCUAUUAAUAAAUAAACUUAAUGUAAGAUUUUGAUGUGAAAAUGCUGAACAAAGCUCUUGU